GAGGAGUUACAUGACGUCGACGCUUUGACGUGGAGUGUAUGACGAACGGGGAAAUAAAAGUAAACAACGCCUAGGAUAACGAAAAUGGUUUUUGGCGUUAGUCCCCCAAGCUUAGACGGAACCUGUGAUUUUUCUGAGGCUUUGUUGAUCAUGUAUGAAGGCUUUGUUUUCCGAUAAGGACAGAGGCAGGCUGAAAACUGAUUUAGCUAUGUUAGCCAUCAGAUCGUCAGAGGAGGAGUCCACUGAGAUUGAGGAGAUGGACACCUCAGAGCCCAACUGGUGCUGGUUCUACUUGGCUGAGUGUGGAGUGUGGCAUAUGUUUGAGAUUGAUCCCAGUGCAGCCUGCUCUGUGACCAGCGCUCAGAUUGAGCAGUGCUACAACAGGAACCAGCGUGGUGUGAUGGAGUUUUACACAGCCAAGUACACAUACAGAUUGGACUUCUCAGUUAUGCGACAGAUAAAUGUAACAACAGGAAAGCAACGGCCGAUCAAACGUUCCCUCCACUCUGCAACUGGAUUUAGGUUUAUUUGUGAUAAUCUCGCCUUGCCUGUUCCCUGUCACUGGGAAAGAAUAAACACAGAUGAGCCCUAUCAAGUGAGUACAGAAGUACGGAAACACAUCUUAUUGUUCCACUUAGCUUCGUUCACACAUAAAAGGGUAGAGCUGUGUGAGUGUUUCUUGCCUUUGCAGCUCAUCCAGCUUGGCAGAGACACAUAUGAAUUUAAAGAAGUAGCCAGACUGUAUGAAAGAACAAUGGAUCAUCCAAUUAAAUCCAUCCAGAGGAUCCAGAACCUGGAUUUAUGGGAGUUCUUCUGCAGGAAGAAAACACAGUUGCGAAAAGUCAAGCGAACACUGGAUAUUGAGGAGCGAAUGCUGUUUCAUGGCACGGGACACAGCAAUAUACAAGCUAUAUGUACAUUUAACUUUGACUGGCGGCUCACAGGAAGCCAUGGCGAUGUCUAUGGCAAAGGGAGCUACUUUGCCCGCGAUGCCAAAUAUUCCAGUAAAUUCUGUCACACCACAGGGAAACACAACACGACCUUACAGAGACAUGGACUCGCACCACCGAUAUUUGCGAGUGAGCCGCCUUAUAAGACCAUGUUCCUGGCCAGAGUGCUUGUUGGAGAAUACACAGUUGGUCAUCCAAUGUACUGCAGACCACCCUCUAAGGAUGCCAGUUUCACCAACUUCUAUGACAGUUGUGUGGAUGAUAUGGCCAAUCCAAAGAUCUAUGUCAUUUUUGACAGUAAUCAGAUUUAUCCAGAGUAUCUGAUUGAGUUCUACUGAUGCCUAAGAAAAUGAUGCCAACUUUUUUUUUUAAUAAAGGCUGGAAAAGCUAGGAUAUGAAAUUAGAUGACAGGAUAAUUGAUUUCCAUGACUGAAUGGAGCAUGGGUCAUCUAAGUGCCUUUGAAGAAGUUGGUAAGACAGUAAGGACUUUGUGUCAAAUUGUAUACUGUACAGCAUACAUAAUUGGACCCAGAAGUUAGAACGUUUCCAUGACUUCAAAAGAUGCUAACCGAAGACAGUCUUUGUGCUGUUUUUAUCUUUAAUCCUGAGUCUAUGCUUGCUUACUGAAUAUGUGUGCACAUUUGCUUAGAUAAAAUAAGAGUGGUGCUUGCAGCCUGUAGAUCAUAGGCAAUAUCUGACCACCGGCUCCAUCACUCCCUCUACUUCCACAGUGCCAUACAUAUGCUUCUUUAUAAAUCCAAGAACAUGCUCUGCUCACUCAUUUUGCACCAUGUUCUGAAAAUCUGUGUCUAGUAGUACCAUGUAUUAUAUAAGCAUGGAUUUUUGUUCAUGUUUUUGUCAUAAAAACGCUCCUACCUCUGCAUUUUUUUAUCUUGCACUUUUCCGCCCUUUCCAUGAAAGGUUUUGUAAUUGUGUCAUAUUGACAUAAACAUGUAAAAUGUG